CUUGUUCUGCUAAUAGAAGCAGGGCUCUGCUGGAUUUCCCUGAGCUUUCGGACAAUCCGCCCGGAUAUUCUCUGAGCAGAAGCGUCUUUUUAAAAGAGAGGAGUUUCCAUUUAGGAGGCUGAAUUUAUUUCUGCUGGAAUUUGCGCUCUUCUUGGAGCUUUUGGUCAACAUUUUUAGGAACUUGUUAACGAGAUUUUUUUGGUUGUGGGGGGGACGGGUUGACCUGAGUAUUUGUGCAGAGAGCGAAGGGAGGAGGUGUUGACAAAAGGCGACUUUUAUCCCGUCCCUUCUCGGGACGGCGGGAUAGAUGCGGCAGAGGAUCGCAGAGCGGGUGACGCUGCUGCGCCUUCGUGGCACGGCUGCUGCGCUGGAGAGGUGCGACGCAUUCUACCAUGAGGAGCGUUUGUUUUAGAUCCAAGCCAAGCAGUCCGCUCCGGGCUAUGGGUUUAGUCCGUCUCAGUUUAUAGGAAGGAAGAUCUGUGUGCACUGCAAGUGUCGCCGUGAAGAGCAUGCUGUGACAGCCAUGCCGGUGGAAAUGGAGAAGACGGUCACCAAGCUGAUGUAUGAUUUCCAGAGGAACUCGACCUCAGACGAUGACUCGGGUUGUGCGCUGGAGGAGUACGCUUGGGUGCCACUGGGACUCAAACCUGAGCAGGUUCAUCACUACUACAGCUCCCUGCCUGAGGACAAGGUGCCCUACGUAAACAGCCCAGGAGAGAAAUACCGCAUCAAACAGCUGCUCCAUCAGCUUCCACCCCACGACAAUGAGGUACGCUACUGCAACAGCCUGGACGACGAGGAGAAGAGGGAACUCAAGCUCUUCAGCAACCAAAGGAAGCGGGAGAACCUGGGCCGCGGCAAUGUGCGUCCAUUCCCUGUGACGAUGCUCGGGGCCAUCUGUGAGCAGUGUGGAGGACAGAUCAACGGUGGUGACAUCGCUGUAUUUGCAUCCCGAGCCGGCCACGGCGUUUGUUGGCACCCUGCCUGCUUCGUGUGCAGCACAUGCAAAGAGCUCCUGGUAGACCUCAUCUACUUCUACCAGGACGGGAAGAUCUACUGCGGCCGCCACCAUGCUGAGAGACUGAAGCCACGAUGCACGGCCUGCGACGAGAUCAUUUUUGCAGAUGAGUGCACCGAGGCUGAGGGUCGGCACUGGCACAUGAAGCAUUUCUGCUGCUACGAAUGCGAGACAGUGCUUGGAGGCCAGCGCUACAUCAUGAAGGAGGGACGGCCAUACUGCUGCUCCUGCUUCGAGUCUCUCUAUGCCGAGUAUUGCGACUCUUGUGGGGAGCACAUCGGAAUCGAUCAAGGCCAGAUGACGUAUGACGGGCAACACUGGCAUGCCACCGAGGGCUGUUUCCGCUGUGCCCGCUGUAAACGUUCCCUGCUUGGUCGGCCUUUCCUGCCCAAACAGGGACAGAUCUUCUGCUCGCGCUCCUGCAGCUUGGGGGAAGAGCCCAACGGCUCCGAUUCCUCUGAUUCCGCCUUCCAAAGCGCUCGCUCCACCAGGGAGUCCAGACGCAGCACCAAAACGUCAAAAAGCGGUGGAAGCUGCCAGCCAGAGAGGUUUUCAGGCGAGGUGGACCCACUUUCUUUACAAAUGGAUUUGCUGAGUCUUUCCAGUCAGACCCCUAGUUUGACUCGUGAGCCACCAUCCUGGCAGAACCAGGAAAUAACGGGUGACGGGUACAGCUAUGAGCCACAACACGAUCAGUCAGUUGACCCUACUCCCCUCCAGCUCCUCAGCCAGUGUAAUAUAAGGAGCUCUGGACACUCUACCUCUGGACAGAGCAACCAACAGCAUGCCCAGAUGAACAAUGAGAACGGUGGUUUAAAGCGCCCCCCCAUCUCAGCCAUAAAAGGCCAGUCCCUCAAUGAGAGUUGGCUCCAGCAGGGAACUCCAGAGGAUUGCUACCCACCCAAACUGAGGACCCAAAAGAGCUUAACUGAAGUCCACCACAACGGCUUUACCUCAGAGAAGCGUUCCAUCAGUUUCCAUGGCUUUCAGAGGGACAGAGAUGGGGCGCCUCAGACAGCUACUCAGGUGGCCAGAAGCAGGAACCCCAUUAAUGCACUUAACUUCACAGAACAGCUGACCCCAUUGGAGCAGACCCCAAGAGGUUCCAUGGAGUCCUUGACUUUUUCCAACACUAUUGGCAACUCAGCAGACGGUGGGGGGAAGCAUCAGGACCACCUCUCUCGGUUUUCCAUGCCUGACCUGAGUAAAGACUCAGGAAUGAAUGUGUCUGAAAAGAGCAACAUGGACACUCUGAACUCCUCCAUGCAGUUUCGCAGCUCAGAGUCUAUUCACAGCUUAAAUGGCAGCCAGUCCUACCUGGAAGUGAACCCCCCCAGGUCUUCCCAGUACCAGAUGCAGUAUUGUGACCCUCCAGGAAUGAGAGUUGGUAUGGGUCUGAAUCAUCUGCCUCCAGGCUUCACCUAUCAGGAGGAAGACCGGAUGGUCAGCAGCGCUAAUGCUGCUCGCCUGCCGCCCAUCAGUGAACGCAGUGUAAGUGGUGUCAGUGGACGUGGAGCAAGCAUCCGGACAGAUGCUCCAGAAGACGCCUCUCAGAGGCGUCGGCACCACCAUCACCGCCAGCGAAGAUCCCGCCGCUCCCGCUCUGAAAAUGCUCUGAACCUUGUGGCGGAUCGUAGGGUAAGGCCCCAAGAAAGACCGCCGCUGAGUGUCAAAGAAGAUUAUGAUCGAUUUCCACCACCAAGAAGUGUCAGGGGCCAGUUUGGAGCUGGAGGACAGGGAAGGUACCAGCCUUUUAGGCAGUGCCCCAGAACCACUUCAGACCUUUGUCUGCAGAACCCAGGAGCCAGCAGACGCCCUGGAUUAAACCAGUACUCCUGGGAUGAGUAUUACGAUGAUGACUGGUGCUCCACCUGCUCUUCAUCCUCUGAAUCCGAGGAAGAGGGUUACUUUUUGGGCGAGCCAAUCCCCAGGCCCAUCCAGCUGCGCUAUAUAAACAACCAUGAGAUGGUCCACAAGUACAACAACAUGGGGUUUGGAGGACCCAACCGCAGCGGGCAGCUCCACACCCGCAAACGCAGAAAAAGCAAGAACUGCAUUAUAUCUUAACAUCCAGAGCCUGUCCACAGGACAUUUCUUUUUGUUUAUCAUGACUAAACUAGCAUUCUCCAUUAGAAACAAAGAAAUGUGUUUUUUGUGUGCAAGGUAUGACAUAGUUGAAAGUUGCUAAUGAGUUAAAGCUGGUAGGCCAUUUCAAAAAAAGG